AUGGCAUUGUUUUCAUUUUCGAAACAAGAAGAGAAGGCUCCAACUAGAUCCCAGAGAAAGCUGUGCUGGGAUGCACGCGAUGAGUUCUUUCGGUGCCUUGAUAACAUAGAUGUCAUCAACUCCCUGGACGGAAGGAACAAAAAGACGGUGACCACAGAAUGUGGAACGGAAGAAAAAUUUUUCGAACAGAAUUGUGCUGUUUCUUGGGUGAAGUACUUCAAGGAAAAACGUGUAUUUGAUGAGAAGAAAGCUCAACUCCUGAAGGAAGCCGAAAGCCAAGACGCUACUGUGAUACCAUUAUCCGGCAUUCGAAAGUGA